AAGUCAUGUCAAAAACUAGUGUCAUCGACAUUCGACACAAAAGUAAUGGAUUGUUCGCUAAUAACAGCUUAUGCGUUUUUACAUUUGUAUUUAUAAACUAAUGAAAUUUGUAGUUUGAUAUUAUGACGGACCCGACUUCAUAUGGGUACCAGGAGAGCGCGACGACCCUGGCGCCGCCGCAGCAGGCUCCGGGGACAAUCCCGUCGGAGUACAGGUUCUCUCCGGAGGAGCUGAUAGUGCUCGGCGAGUGCAACAGGGAAAGCUUCAUCCAGCGCUCGAUGCCGCUCGGUACCGCGUUCGGGGUUGCAACUUAUCUUGCUGUGCAAAAAGGCCACCUGAGACCUAACCCUAGGUUUGGUCCGUUCCCCAAAGUGACGCUAGCAGUUAUGGUCGGAUACUUCAUCGGCAAACUGUCAUACCAGCAAGCCUGUGCGGAUAAGUUAAUGGCGCUGCCCGGAAGCUACAUCGGGCAGUUGCUCCGCGAACGACGAGAUGGAAAGGUUGGAGGGACUUCUAUGCCACAAAAACAUGGGCCUACAAUGUUUGGCGCUAGUCCUAACGAUAUCUACUCGGACGCGGGUCCCGGCAACUCACUAGACCUGGACACCGACCGCCCCAUAUUCAACGACGAUACCUACCGUCCGGAUUCUAAAGGUCCGCAAUCGGAACUUGCACCACAACGCCCAGUCAUUUCUUAUGAUGACUUGCGUCGUAAAAAUAGAGGAGAUCAUGCAGACACAAAACAGGAUCCAUACAGGACGGUGGACGUCGCAGCGGCGCGGCCUCGCGCUGUCCCCGCGCCCUCGCCGCACACCAACCAAUAUGGCGACGUUGUGGAGUAGCCGCACGCUGUGAUACUAUGUAUUACCGAUGAGCCUUAAUUUGUCUAUACUCUCAGUAUCGUCGUUGAGGUAUUAAAUAGUAAUGGCUUGAUAACUGUAGUACGCGUAUCACAAAAUGUAUUCAAACAGAUUGAAACAAAAUAAAAUAGUAGACUUGUUGUGUU